GACAUUUAGCUUACGACCUCGAAAAAUAGAAAAAAAAAUUAAAAUUGUGUUGAUGUUUUGCCAUUGAAAAUCAAAUAAAGGACAAACAAAUCAAAUGAAAUAUUUCUAGUAAUAUUACAAUUAUUUUCUUUUACAAAAUAUACACUGUAAAAUGUCGUUUCUACUGCACACAAUGAAGCUAUUUACUGCAGGAAAAACAACACUGACCGGCUUGCAAAAUGCUCGAAAUCUCAUGUCGAAAAGCCUAUAUUAUAGUGAAUUUGGAGAUCCACUUAACGUUGUUAAGUUUAGGGAGAUAGAAGUACCUCCUCUAAAAAGUCAAGAAGUUUUAGUUAGAAUGCUAGCUGCACCAGUCAACCCAGCGGACAUAAACACCAUACAAGGAAAAUAUCCUGUUAAGAUUAAGUUGCCUGUAAUACCAGGAAAUGAGGGUGUAGGAGUUGUAGAAGAAGUUGGCAGUGACGUAAAAAACUUAUCCGCAGGAAACAGAGUAAUAGUGACAGAACCGAUACAAGGUACUUGGCGAGACAUUGGUGUCUUUCACCAUGAUGUAUUGCGGGUCGUCCCAGACAAUUUAGGGUUAGUAGAAGCAGCUACGCUCACAGUUAACCCCUGCACAGCAUACAGAAUGUUGUUGGACUUCAAAAAUGUAAAGGACGGUCACAUUGUCAUACAAAAUGGGGCUAACAGUGCUUGUGGACAGAAUGUCAUCCAAAUAUGCAAAGCCUGGGGUAUAAAAAAUAUAAAUAUUGUCAGAAACAGACCAGAAAUCAAUGAACUGAAAAAAUAUUUAGAAUGUUUAGGGGCCACUUAUGUUCUUACAGAGGAAGAAUUGAGAACUACAACUUUAUUUAAAGAUAAACAGAUUAAGAAGCCUUUAUUGGCUUUAAACUGUGUAGGUGGAAAGAGUGCAUUGGAAAUUGUAAGGCAUUUAGAUAAAACUGGUGUGAUGGUAACUUAUGGAGCAAUGUCAAGGGACCCAGUUACCAUUCCAAACUCAGCACUUAUUUUCAAAAACAUAUCUUUUUAUGGAUUUUGGAUGACUGCCUGGAAGGAAAAAGCGUCAGCAGUGGAAAAAGAAGAAAUGAUAGCAGACCUUGUUAAUAUGAUGUGUGAGAAAAAGCUUGUAGGGCCUGUCCAUAAAAUGGUAAAGUUUGAUAAAUAUGAAGAAGCACUUGGUAAUGCAUUGACAUCUAAGGGUUUCACUGGGUGUAAAUAUCUGUUAGAUUUUAGUUGAUAAGUUUAAUGUGAUAAACCAUGAAUGUGAUAAAUUAAUAUAAGAUAAGAUAGUAAACUCUGAUACAAAAGAA